AUGGAGCCCGACGGUCUGCUCCUAGGCCGCCGAAGCGCUUCCGCAACCACCAACUUGGACGCCAACAAUGAAGACACAGCUGGCAGCCUCGUCUUCCACAACAGCUUGGAAAUGGCAUCAGAAACAGAAAGCUUCGUUGCUGUAGAGAAUGCCCUCCCUGAAGAAGCAGAAUACGCUGACAAUGAGGAGGAAUCGGACACUGAUGAGAGUGGUAAUGAUGACGAUGACGACGACAAUGAUGAUCCAACAAUGGACCAACUGGCUGCGGAUCUAUGUGGCCAAUACGACACCUCCAGAAUGGAGUUGACGCAGGAAGAGCAUCAGUGGGCUGUUGCUGUCAAAACUGCCAUUGAAAAAAUCCCAGAUCUUGAUAAUUUGACAGAUUUUAUGUAUGCUCAAAUAGCCAUUGUUUCUAAAGGCAAUGUUGAUGAUGCCGUGGCCAGGGCGUUCAAACUUCAAGAGCAUAAGAAAGACAAUGAAAUAUUGGACACAUUGGACGAUGCACUGAGGAAUUUGCCAAAAGAUGCAAGCUUCCUCUCUAUUGACUACAAUCUCCAAUCUGGUGGCUACAUAGUUGCCAUGGAUGCUGCAGAGUCCAAUGGGGCAAUAUGGAGGAAUCCAGAUGAGACAUGCUACUACAACCGUAGGCAAUUCUAUGCCGCCCACAUGGCACAUUGUGAUUUGGAGGCACUCAGGGUUGGCUUUACUGUUCUUGUUGAAUGCGAGGGGUACCAGCUGGACAAAUCAAAACGAUUGGGCUUGAGUGCAUUUCGAUCCAUUUGGAACUGUGCACAUGCAUAUCCCAGAAAUCUGACUCAAGUCAAAUUCUUCAAUGCUCCUCGACUCUUCAAGAUGAUGGUGUCAAUGGCAAAAUCAACAUUGCCAAGAGAAGUCACAUCUGCCUUCCAACUUUGUGCCAAAUGCCCGUUGGGAAGACUGGACCAGCUGUACUCCAUCCCCACCCCUGAAAUAGCUGCAGCAAGGUUGCAGGAGCGAAUGAAAGGGUUUCUAGAGAAACGAUAUGCCAAUGAGGCCAACUUCAGUCUGGAUAACCAUGCUCCAUUUAUGGAAGAACCUUGA